AAAAGGCCAACAAUGGUCCCCCAUUGUUGCGUGUUCGUGGUCCAUCUGAUAGAAGCAGUGGGUUUUCACGUGGCAAGCAUGCAAGUGAAAGGACCAGCAUGGGUUGCCAGGCAUGAGAUCUUUCAUGUUUGGCCAUAAUGAAUUGAAGAUUGCGGUGCAGUUAAUGGUGAUUUCUGCAGCACCUCAGUCUAUAUUAGCUGGGGCGUGGGCUGAAGAGGUUGCUUUUACAAUGAAUGAUUGAAGUUCUGGUUUUUAGUGCAAAGGUGUGACCAAGCUGAAGAUUCAGAAUCAGGGAGAAAUGUGGUCACAAUCACAGCCAUUGAUGGAGGCUCUUUUUUCUGUAUUUAACACCACUCAUUUGGCAAAAUCAUGAUAUCAUGUGAUGCUUUCAGAUGACACCAGGGUUAGCAUAGGGUAUUAGGUUCCUUUUCCUUGCCUGGAAAAUGCAUGUUCUUUUAUUGAUAAAAGAGAGACAACAGAUUAAUGAGUGUUCAUCCAUACCCAUCUUCUUAGUCCCUACUUAUUUCCUCUUUCAUUGGUUUAUACACAGAAAAGAAAAUUACAAAAUCAGAUUCGAAAAUGUUCAUGAAACCAUUUUCGGGCCAGAGCUGAACUCAAACCCAAAAACAGAACAAUCAGCAAACAAGGCCCCUUUUUCCAAAUCAGCAACAAACAAAAGGCAAAGCAGGCCCAUGAUCUAAGCACCAGCAACCCAAACCAAAGGACGCCCGGCAAGCCAGGACGACACCUCGACUCAAUUUCAGUGCUUCUCUUUUACGUUUUUACUAUACACUAUGGGGGCACUGAUUUUGAUUCUGUUUUGAGGGGGGAGGCUCAAAGUUUGCGGUCUUGUUCCGAGCUCCAUUACUCCAAAUGACUCUCCAAAACUUUCUCAAGACCCUGAAAACUGUUAAAAAAUCUUACCCAUCAGGCCUUUCGUCAAAACCUUAUCAACCCUUACCGGACUUUAUCUCCCAAUUUCUAACGACUUCCAAGCCCCUCGAUGCCUCUACUAUUUCCGAUCUCAAUCCCACCACUUUCCAUGAUAUACUCACAAACCCAGAUCUCAAAGCCUCCAAAUGCUUCCGUUUCUUCAACCUUGUCAUCAAAAACCAAUCUUUGGUUUCCUUCAAGCCUGAUCUUCAAGCUCACUUGACCCUUACUUGUAGGCUUCUUAAAGCCAGAUUGUUUUCGGAUGCUGAAGCUAUGCUAAAAUCUGUCUCGGUUGAUGAAAGUCUCAGGUAUUGAAAUUUCUGUUUAUUCAUUGACAGCUGUGGUUGAUGGGUUGUGUAGAAACGGGGAUGUGAAGAAAGGUAGAGAGAUAGUGGAGGAGAUGGCAGAUAGAGGGAUUAAAGCCAAUGUAAUAACUUAUAAUAUUAUGAUAGAUGCUUGUGCAAAGAGAUGGGAUUUUGAGGAGUUGGAUUUGGUGUUAGGUUUGAUGGAAAAAGCAGGAGUGGAAUUCAAUGUCGAGACCUUUAAAUUUUUGAUUGAUGGGUAUACAAGCUAUGGGAAAAUCAAUGAAGCUGGAAGGUUGAUUGGAGAGAUGCAUGACAAAGGUUUGAAAGUUGAUACUUAUUUGUAUAAUUUGAUGAUAAAUGGUUAUUGCAAGUUAGGAUCAAUAGAGAAUGUGUUAUUGUUGUUUGAUAGAAUGAGCAAUAGAGGUGUAAAGCCAAAUGCUGAUACAUAUUGGCCGUUAAUAAAUGGGUAUUCGAAGGUUGGAGAAAUGGAAAUGGCAAUGAAGUAUGUAAAUGAGAUGCAAAAGAAGGGAUUUGAGUUGGACAAGGUUAUGUAUGAUAUGUUGAUUGAUAGAUUUUGCCAGAAUGGGAUGGUUGAUGAAGCUUUUGAGUUGCGAAUUGAGAUGGAGAGGAAAGGAUUUCAUUCUGAUAUGUACCUAUGCAAUCAGAUGGGGAAAUUAUUGUGUGAAAUUUAUCAGACUGAGAAAGCAAAGAUGCUGCUUAACAUAAUGAUUAAGAGGGGUGUAUGCCCUAAAGCAGUAAGCUUCACAUCUGCAAUCAGCUAAAAAUGCAAGGAAAGAAAUUUAGUGGAGUGGCAAUAGAAAGGGCUUAAAAACCGUUGUAGGUGUUGUGUGAGAGAUGACUUCCAGGAAGCUAGGGGCUCUGAAGCCAGAUAACGUAAAAAGAAAUUAAGAUUUCAUAUGAUUGUUUUUGCCAACACCAACACGGAUGUCUCUUGAACAACAAACAGGAGCUGCUGCUGACAAGUGCUGACAAUUUUUCAAGUUUCGAAUGGAGCAAAUCUUGCAGAAUGCUAUGGUGACAAAAUUUGGAACCACGGAUGGAUUCGAACAGCAAACACCACAUCAUAGUCUUUGCACUUGGGCUGCAUAACCAGGAAAAAGCUUUACUGAUGUAAAUAAAGCCUAUUUCGAAACAUCUAAUCAUGAUUCAGAGCAUAUAGUAUUGAUGCAGAAAAGAGUUGUGAUUUAAGUAGGGUUUAAGCAAAAUUUGAUUCACAGGGAGGGCCUCCGUCCCUAAAUGAAGGUGUUUGGUUUGAGCCGAAAAGAAAACUUAGUGGCAUUAUUAUAGUAAUAUAGUAUGCCAAGGAGGGGCAAUGCUACCUUCUAUUUUGAUAUUACUCCUUUUACUGUCAAUCUCCCCUGUAUUAGGCUUUAUCCAUCAAACUAAAUUUGAUUCAAUGUGGUUGUAGCUCUAUUAUGCAUUAAUCUCUUGCUCGAUUUGUAUCACAAGUCAGAUCACAAUCCGAAAAUGAAGUGGCAGUGACACAUGGAGAUAGAGACCAAUUAACUUGUCUCUAAAGCUUCUUGUUGGCUAUGGAAUUCCAAAGAAUACCAUAUUUUGCUAGAAUGCACGUGUGUUCAGUUUGUGAAUCCAUAGUUUGUUGGUGCUCUCCCUGUUUCAUGCUUUGUUUAAGAAUGGAUUAUCUCUUGCUUGAUUUGUAUUAAGAAUGGCAUAUUGGCCACAUUAAAGGCACUGCACUAAUGAAGACAAGAGAUCAGUUAAACUUUGA